AUGUUAAGUAAGAUACUAUUUGUAGGUUCAAUAGCUUUACCUUUUCUAGUCAAUUUACCAAUUUAUGGAAUAGUACCAAACAAUCGAGAUACAAGGAUUGAAUCAUUUUACAGUCAUGGUAUUGAAAAGAUUAGAAAUGUUUGUCAACAAAUUGAAACAAAAAAUACAAUAAUAAUGGAGAAUCAAGAUAUUAGAGAUAUGGCAACAUUUGCUGAAAUGUCAAACAAAUUGUGUAGAAUAUUGGCUCAGAGAGAUGUAGUAUUGAUGUUGUUGAAUAUUAUUAUGCGUGCAGAGGAAAUAUGGGAAAAUAGUUAUAGUCAUCGAUUACCUCUAUCAAAUCAAUCUGUUUAUCGUUUAUAUACUAUAUUUGAUACCGAAUCUUUAAUGUCGGAUUGUACCGAUUUAUUAAAUAGUAUUUUACCUUUUGUCAAAGAUACACCAUAUGAUUUAUUAUAUAAAGCAAUUAAUUUUCAUCCAGAAUCACCAACAAGUUAUAGAUUGGCAUGUGCAAUAUUAAAAACAAUGACAUUGAAACAGCAUACGAUUCAACCAUUUAUCAACGUUGGAAUGAUUAGAAUGGUUAGAUUUUAUUUAGAUAAUCAAAUGAAAUCAGAGUAUUCACAAUUGGAAGAUUAUUGGUUACAAAUUUCUAGAAUAAUAUACAAAGAUCGACAAUAUCAAUUUAAAUCAUCAUUGUCUAAAGAUCAAGAUAAUAUGGCAUUUAUCGAGGAAUAUUAUAAAAAAGGUAGAUUUAAAUUAUGGUUGCCAAAAGAAAUACGUCUACCACCUCAUAAUAUGCUAUUUAAAAUAGUAACUGAUGCGUUUGGAUAUUAUUUUGGUUGGUUAAACAUGACUGGAUUUAUAGUAGGUCAUUUCUAUUCAAAUACUAUAUUUUCAGAUGGAAUCUAUCGACGAUUAGAAUCUACAUUUUCAAGAUACUUGGCAUGUUCAAUAUUCGUAUCAUCAAUGUUACUCUAUUUCUCAUUCCUUCUUUCAUCUACCAACGGAAAGAUUUAUAUACUUGCUUCGACCAUAACAUUAAUGGCCAUUUAUAGUUUUAGAGAAAGACAAGUCAAAUUUCAAAGAUUAAGUGGUCCCCUUUACAAAUCAUUCCAACAACGUUAUCAAACUCCUCAUCAAAAAGAUCAAAUAAAAUAG